UGACGCAGCCAUCCAGGCAAAGCUCGCGAGUACAGAACGGCAGUACGCACGCGCAUGAUUUGUGUUGUUGUUGGUGGCGGUAAGAUGGCGGCGCUCGGGGACGCAUCAACUCCGGGGGUGAAUGGGUUAAUACAACAGUUCACAUCUAUUACAGGUGCCACAGAGAGUGUGGGGAAGCAUAUGCUAGAAGCAUGCAACAACAAUCUAGAAAUGGCAGUGACCAUGUUCCUGGACGGAGGGGGGAUUGCAGAGGAGCCCAGCACCAGCUCCAGUUCAGCAGGGGCAUCCAGCAGCAAAGCUCCCCCCGCAGAUGACGAAGUGCGGGCGCCCAUCCCUCAGAAGCAGGACAUACUGGUGGAGCCAGAGCCUAUGUUUGGAGCGCCAAAGCGACGAAGACCUGCCCGCUCCAUAUUUGACGGUUUUAGGGACUUCCAAACAGAAACCAUCCGCCAGGAGCAGGAGCUGAGGAACGGUAGUGCGGCGGACAAAAAACUCAGCACCCUGGCGGAUCUGUUCCGGCCCCCCGUCGAGCUCAUGCACAAAGGCAGCUUUGAGACGGCAAAGGACUGUGGUCAGCUGGAGAACAAGUGGCUGAUGAUCAACAUCCAGAAUGUGCAGGACUUUGCCUGCCAGUGUCUCAACAGAGACGUGUGGAGCAACGACGCGGUCCGGACCAUCAUCAGGGAGCACUUCAUAUUCUGGCAGGUUUACCACGACAGUGAAGAGGGACAGAGGUAUAUCCAGUUCUACAAGCUCAACAAGUUUCCCUAUAUCUCCAUUUUGGACCCCCGGACUGGUCAGAAGAUGGUGGAGUGGAACCAGUUGGACGUGGCUUCGUUUCUUGAACAGGUGACGGGCUUCCUGACGGAACAUGGCCAGCUAGACGGCCCGGCAUCCAGCCACCCGCCACCUGCCAAACGCGCCCGCUCUGAGAGUCUGAUAGAUGCCAGUGAGGACAGCCAGUUGGAGGCAGCCAUCCGAGCCUCUCUCCAGGAGACCCAUUAUGAGUCGUCCUCCGCCCCCGAUCUCCCUGACUCCCCCCACUCUGCAGAUGCAGACUCGGAUGGAGACUCCGAAGCAGAACCCUUCUCUGACAGCGAGGGCCUAAUCUCUGUUGACGGCUCGGACAACGAGACAACAGAACCCCGGGAGGGCAGCUCCUACUCCAUGGGCGGACACACCCCUCCAGGACCAGCCCCUCCCACUUCUGCAGCCGCAGCCCCCCAGCCCCCGCCACGGCCGGACAGUCCCCCAGCCCGUCACAGGAAGUCCCCCCACAAAGAGAACAGCCACAGGAAAGAGGAGAGCAAAAAGAACCACUUGGAGCCUCCGGCGGCCACCCCAGCCCGCUCCCAAGCCGACCCAGACUCAGAGCAUCGUUCUGGGGAGAACCAUCGCACCUCAGCUGGCCAAAGCUCCAGAUCUGUUAAGACGGAAACCUCCGACCUCGACUGCCUUGAUGACAAUGGUCCCAAGGCCAGACUGAUGCUGCGCUAUCCAGAUGGCCAGAGAGAGCAGAUCGCCCUAUCGUUCAAGGCUAAGCUUAUGGCUCUGGUGAGACACGUCCAGUCGAAGGGUUACCCCAAUGAACGCUUCGAGCUCGUCACAAACUUCCCCCGGCGGAAGCUGGCCCACUUGGACUAUGACAUCACACUGCAGGAGGCGGGGCUAUGUCCACAGGAGACUGUAUUUGUGCAGGAGAGGAACUAAGCCCCUGUCUUUUCUAUCUCUUCAGGCCACACCCAUAUCACCAAUUCCCCAGGAGGACGUUACAGACUGCAACCUUUUUGUUCUUUUGGAACAGUGGAUGGACUCCAUUAUCCAUCAUUCGACUGGGACGAAGCUGCUGGCUAUGUACUCUGUUAGAGGGCAUUUUGUUCACCGUCAAUUACCGAAGGCAUUCUAUUCUGAUUUUAGUUUUAUUCUGAGGUAAUAAACCAAUCGGAGUAGAAUACAUUAGAGAUACAGUUAGACAUAAGCUGAGGGCCCGGAUAAUGAUCAGAGCUGGCAUCAGAGUUAGCAGACAAAAUACUUUUAUCCCCUGAGUUGUUAAUACUUAUUUUUUUGAGUCAUGGACACCUACAGCCAGGUAAAGGAGGGGCUUGAACUCUGACCCUGAGCGCCGAUGGGUCCCAAAUUUGCUCUUCUCCGCGUUGUUUGGGCGAGGAGCUUUUGCAGUAGUGACCGUGAGAAAGGGGGUGACUUUGAAUAUGGGAAUCAAUGAGGGGGGGGGGGGGUGAGGGAUUUUUGGGGAGGGGGUGAGGUGUCCUUAACUGUCAACCUGCACUGUACAGGGGUGGUGUAGCGAUUGACAUGUAGUCUAGUUUUUUUCUUAUUUCAUUAAUUUUUUUAUAUGCUGCCCCAUUUCCAAGAAAAGAUGCUGAUGCUUAAAUAUAAUCAUCAAAACAAAGGGAACUUUGGCUUGUUUGUUCUAUUCAAUUUCUACCAUGAUGUGUAUCUGCAAUCUGUCUAAAUUGUGACCACGAGCUCAGAAGUAUAGUUUUGGUGAUGAUGCAUUGAAAAUGGCCACAAAGAACCCCAAAUUGACCCCUUGAAUCUACAAUAUCACUCAGGUAUUUCUUGGUACCCCCGCCCCAAUGACCUGAAGGAUCUUGUGUAAACAAUGGGAUGUGGUAUUAUCACUCUUUCUAGCCCAGAGCUGUUAAUUGUUGGUCCUGUAGGGCCAAAACACUUCUGCUUUUCAUCCUUUCCUUCUGAUCAGGGACUAAUUCAGACCUGGGACACCAGAGUGGUAUACUUAAGCAAUAAGGCACCUCGGGGGUUUGUGAUAUAUGGCAAUAUACCACGGCUAAGAGUUGUUCUCUGUCCGACACAACGCUGUGUGCCAGGACACAGCCCUGAGCUGUGGUAUAUUGGCCAUAUACCACAUAUGCCGGAGGUGCCUUAUUCGUAUUAUAAACUGGUUACCAACGUGAUUAGAGCAGUAAAAAUACAUGUUUUGUCAUACCCGUUGUAUAUGUCUGAUAUACCACUGUCAGCCAGUCAGCAUUCAGGGCUCAAACCACCCAGGUUAUAGUACAAAGCAAGCUAGAUCUACUCAGGCUUUUUAAAAGCUAGCCAGCUUCAGUUUGUUUCACAUUCAAGGUCAGGCUUUAUCCGUACUGCGAAGGUGGAUAUUUCUCGUCAGCCUCGCACGUGGAUAGUCGAACGCUGAACUCUUCAUUGAGACAAUGUUGAAACAUCGAUUCAUCGGCGAGUCAGUGCCACAUUUGACAUUUUGUGGCGCAAUGAAAGAAAAGUCAUCUUGUGAAUUCAGCAGGCUAUGGUGUGAAAUAGGCUUUUAGAAGUGAUGUCUUUAUUUUAUGGACAUCUUUGGUGUGCUUAUCAAUGCACAAGCACCUUUUCCCCACUCCAAUCACUCCUUCUGUCUGUGGAACAGCUUGUUGCAUUGUGGCCAUAGACAUAUAAUCCAUAGAAGGGUUUUUGAACCUCUAACCCUGCCAGUUUGACUGUUAAACUCAUGGGUACACUAGCAAUGGCUGCCAGUCUUGACUUGAAUGGGUACUGCCAUCCUAUGGAUUUUAUGUCUAUGGUUAGUUGUGGCUUUGGCAGAUUUUUAAAUCCAAUCGGGCAGAAAAACGUACAGUUUGGAAACCAAAUGCUGUCAUUACUAAAUGUGUAAUGUGAUAGGUAUUUUAAUAGUAAAAACAAUUUUUAACACAACAUUUGAUUAAUAAAAUAUUUAAUCAGUU